UAACUACAAUUUUUCGGGUAAGUCUUUCUUUGAGUGGGAGAAGGGAGUCCAGUGGUUUGCUGAAUAAUUUCUCACUCGUCUCUGUGCGAGUAAACUUCCUUAGUAAGGUAUCGACUUACUGACCAAGAAGUCUGUGUUUUGAGCGUCAAUCACCAUGGAUGCAUCCUUUGGUCUACCUCCUCCAUCGAUCAAUUCCGAUUCUCCCCAAGAAGAUGAACAGAUGGAUCUUUACUUGAAGAUUGUAAAGACAGUAUGUUUGAAUUUAAAGGGGUCUGAGACAAUUAAAACUCUAAAAGCGCUGAUACAUGAGAAGGAGGGCAUUUGUGAAAAGAAUCAGGAUCUGUUCUUUGAUGGUAAUCUGCUCACAGAUGGUCAAAGGCUUGUUGAUUGUGGUGUUCGGAGGAACUCUACUCUUCAUCUUAUUGUCCAGAAUUCUGUUGCAAUAAAAUUAUUUGUCAAAAUAUCAUCUGAGCAGAGGAUUAUCGUGGUGGAAGCAACUGCUUGUGAUACUAUCCACAACAUCAAAUUGAUGAUUCAGUCAAAGCAGGGGAUUCUGUCAGAUAACUUCACUCUUGUCCAUGAUGGACAUCUACUUGAAGAUGAAAGGACUCUGGCCUCCCUCAAUAUAAGGAGCAAUUCAACUAUCCAUUUGGUUUUUUGUCAGAAAGAAGUGCUAUCCAUUUUUGUGAAAGCACCUGAUGAAGAGAACGUAACACUAAGAGUUAAAGUUAUGUUUACCGUUGAUGAUGUCAAAGCAAUUUUUGGUAGCAUGGUUGGUAUCUCAGUCAGUGGUUGGAAUUUGUUUUAUGCCGGAAAACAGCUUGAGGGUUCCAAAACCCUGGCCUUUUAUGACAUCAAAGAAGGAUCUUUCUUGGAGUUGUUACCUACUGUGAUGCAGAUAUUUGUUAAGACUUGGAUUGGAAAAACCCUAACCCUUGAUGUGCAGGAACGAGAUACUGUGAAAUAUAUCAAGGAAAAGCUUGUUCAGAAGCUGCAGAUCCCCAUUGAUCUUCAGAGUAUUGUAUAUGCUGGAAGGCGGCUUGAGAAUGACCGGGAUCUGGCAAGUUAUGGCAUCCAGAGGCACUCUACUCUGCAUAUGGUACUUGCUCCCAGUUCAACUGUUAUUAAGAUGCCGUUAACUGACAUUGGCUUCGAGUUACCAGCUACUACUGAUAUUUGUAGUUUGAAGUCUAAGAUCCAACGUAAAUUCCAUGCCCCAGUGAAGGAAGUGUUGUUCAAGGGGAAGGCAUUGCAUGAUGACCACACUUUGGCUUAUUACAAUAUUGAGAAGGAUGGACAAUUGGUUGUGAUUCUUUGACCAUUGUAAAUCCUAUGGUAUGCACAAUAUUAGUGAACUUGUGUGAUAGACUGUCCAAGGGAAAGGAAGGAUAAGGUAAGGAUUUGAAGCUUUAGCGUUAGCGUAGAAGCAUUCCAGGCCCUUUGUCUGUGUGUUGCUCAGUAUGCGCUAUGCUCCAUUUUUAGCUGUUAGGAAAAGAGGACUUCCAAUACUCCUGAUGGAUUAGGCUCAACUUUCUGGCAUCCAGUAUUUUGUUCCUGAUAUUCUGUGCAAAUUAUAGUUUGAUAGUUGACCUAACUAUAAUCUUAAUAUAAUCAUAAUUGUGUUCUGCUGUGCAUUGUUGUUAUUGAAAUAUAAUUUAAAUUCUGCAGCAA